AUGGCGGCGGCAAGCGUCUCCCUGAAGAGCAGCCUCUUCCUGUCUUCCCCUCUUUCCGACUUCGGCGGCGCAGCCAUCUCCAUCUCGGCCCAGAAUAGGAGAAGGUCAUGGCAGCCAAGGGGGGCGAGAAUGCAGGUGGCAGCAGCUGCAGACUCCAAGAACAUUCUGAUCAUGGGGGGCACCAGGUUCAUUGGUCUCUUCCUCUCCAGGAAACUUGUCCAGGAGGGACACCAGGUGACAUUGUUCACCAGAGGAAAGGCACCCAUAACCCAGCAGUUGCCAGGUGAAUCAGAUGCAGAGUAUGCAGAGUUCUCUUCCAAGGUGCUGCAUUUGAAAGGUGAUAGGAAAGACUUUGAUUUCGUGAAAACCAGCCUUGCUGCUAAGGGCUUCAACGUCGUCUAUGAUAUUAAUGGGCGUGAGGCCACUGAAGUAUCCCCCAUACUAGAAGCGUUGCCGAACCUGGAACAGUUUAUCUAUUGCUCAUCGGCAGGAGUCUACCUUAAAUCAGACCUGCUCCCACACUUUGAGACCGACGCCGUGGACCCGAAAAGCCGGCACAAGGGAAAGCUGGAGACGGAGAGCCUGCUGGAGACGAGCGGCGUGAACUGGACGUCCAUCAGGCCGGUCUACAUCUACGGCCCUCUCAACUACAACCCCGUGGAGGAGUGGUUCUUCCACCGGCUCAAGGCUGGUCGCCCGAUCCCCAUCCCUAACGCCGGGAACCAGAUCACCCAGCUCGGCCACGUCAAGGAUUUGGCGACGGCCUUCAUCAAGGUCCUCGGCAACCCCAAGGCGAGCAAGCAGGUGUACAACAUCUCUGGCAGCAAGUACGUCACCUUCGACGGGCUAGCACGGGCAUGCGCAAAGGCUGGAGGGUUCCCUGAGCCGGAGAUCAUCCACUACAACCCCAAGGACUUCGAUUUCGGCAAGAAGAAGGCCUUCCCCUUCAGAGACCAGCAUUUCUUCGCGUCGGUGGAGAAGGCCAGCAAGGACCUCGGGGUUACACCGGAGUACGACCUCCUCGACGGCUUGACGGACUCCUACAACCUCGACUUCGGCCGCGGGACCUUCAGGAAGGAGGCCGACUUCACCACGGACGACAUGAUCCUUGGCAAGAAGCUCGUGAGCGUGUGA